AGGAUUUCAAGGUGGCGUUUUAAGAUUUUAUUCUUGAUGCAUUGUUUCAGGGCUCGAAAGAAUUGCUGCAGACUAUGUUGACAAAGACACAUCCAAGUACUUGCUCAAUCCAUAUCCAGAAUGGGAACAAGAAAUGUGUCAGGACUUUGAACCCAGCAAACGGUGCUUUCAUUGUGACAAAAAACUGCCAAAUGUUUAUAAACGUAUCCAAAGAAUCAUAGAUGAAGCAAAGAGAGGCAAAGAGAGUAAUGGACGCAUUUGUUUGAGGUCCCUCCAGGAUUUGAUGCCUUUCUGCUCAGAUUUUUACACCCAUGGGUUUGGUCAAGAGCUCUUCAACGAUGUGGUCAAGACCUAUUUCCUAACUGGACUCCAACAGCCAGAGCAGAGAGAGGAACUACAGCCUGUGCCAUUGUCUGUUUCUGUCUCUCUUCCAGACGUUGAUCUAUCCAGGAUAAAAGUGCCUCAUCCAAGCCCCCAUGUUAUAAGAAACCAUAAAACUGAAGAAGUUUUAAAUCAAGAGUUUAGAGAGCAUUUGGAGGCAGCAGCAACGAGUUCUGAUAUAAAUAAGUCUAGCCACCACAGAGGGACGAUGCUGUAUGAUUCUGUAGGUCCCGGCUUGUCUAGCAUAACUGUGAAGCCUGACCCUGACCAAAUCAUUAUCACUGACGACGAGGAAGAGGCAGAUAUUGUCCAUAACUGCCGCAGAAGCAAAAUGGAUAUGUACAAGUACCCAUCCCCGUCUCAUCUGCCCGGCCUUUCGUACUCGGAGCAAGCUGCUGCUUUGUAUGCCAUGAGGGAGAUGGUGCUGCCGGCACCUCCACUGGCCUUCAUGCCGUUCCCAUUCAGCAUCAAGCUGGAUGAAGAGGAAUGUCAUGAGCUAGAGGUUGAGAGUCGUUUGUCUCACAUUCGACGCAUGCACAAUCUGAAUGGUUCCAGUAGGACCCAGCCUCGGCCUGCACAUGCAAAUCAGUUGAGGCUGCCUUUGCUUAUUGAUGUGGUGAGGAAGCUUGUGCGACAGAAAUUUCUGGAAAUCAAACAAAAUCACAGUAAAAAGCAGACCCCAUUUGAAGCUCAGGACCAUCAAGAAAGGCAGGAAGCUGAUUUAUUCAGCCCAUUUGGUCCCUAUUUGCCAGCCUUCACCCCUGCUCUAGCAGCUGGAAGUCCUGACAGUGAAGUGAUGUCAUCUCCUUUGUACAAGCACAUAAUGGAGAGCAUCUAUGCCAACAUGAUGCGGGAGGAAACCCCAGUACCCAAGCCUUUUGGGAAAGUAAACGAAAGCAGUCGUAUCGGUGACACACUUAAAGAUAUCAUUGCACGAACAAUCAUGGAAAAAAUGAGGUUUAGAGAUACGAGCUCAGACGAGAAUUCUGUGCCAUCCAGCCCAGAUGCUCAUCACAGGCUCAGCAGCAGCAGCAGCAGCAGGACGGGCCAUGGUGCUUUUAUUCUCAACACCACCUUGCCUCACAUGAACAAAGAGUCAAAGCUCUUGGGUGAGUGCUCACCCCCAAAGCGUGCAAAGAAAGACAGCAGCAGUUCCAAAUCUCGAAACAGCAAUGGAUCAAAGCAAGAGUUAACUGAUGCUAAUGGGCAGCCGGUGAAGAAGACACGCCCCAAGCGAGGCCAGUACCGUAAGUACAACUCUCAGCUGUUGAUGGAUGCGGUGAAGGCGGUGCAGAGAGGUGAGAUGAGUGUGCACCGUGCAGGCAGCUACUUUGGUGUGCCACAUUCCACUCUAGAAUACAAAGUGAAAGAGCGACAUCUCCUGCGUCAGAAGAAGGCCCGUGAGACCCAGUCUCCAUCGGGUGCAACUCCUAAGAGUGGAGAUCCGCCACCAUCGACUGCGACAACGACCACUCAUGGUAGUCAAGGUGGAGGGGACUCAAGCAAUGGGUCGACUCCUGUGGACUCAUGCAAUACGACAUCAAAAAAGCCUACAAUCAUUUCUUCACCGCCCGUGCGAUCAUUAUCCUGUUCCUCUUCCUCUUCUUCCUCCUCUGCCCCUCCUGCGACUGCAUCUACUACAUCUCAGAGCAAGAAAUCCUCAACAGCCCCUCCGUCUGUCAAGCUACCAGCACCUUCUCCACGGUCAAUAUCCCCUUACAGCUCCGCUAUAACUUCAUCGUCCUCUAGUGCCUUAGUCCCCCCAGUGCAACAGAACAAGGAAUCCUCCAGUCUCACGUGGUUCCCCCCGUAUCUUGGCUCUCCAGCUCCGAGUCACUUGGAAUCUCCAGUGACCUUUGCCCCCCAGAGUCUGUCUUUGAACAACUCGGCCUCAGAGCUACUAAGGAAAUUGCAGCACAAGGUCCAGACAAAGGAGUCUACAUAUACCCGAGAGAGUGCAUUUGACUUCCCAAUUGGGAAAGAACAUCACAUGUUUGAUCUGUCGCAGGCUGAAAGCUCCAUGUCUGUCAUGCCAGAGAGACUUGCUUUGUACAACCAAACUGUUUAAUGUCCUGCUCGCAGUGUUGGAUUUAGGUAUAAAUUUAAACAUAAGAAAA